AGGAAGCCUUUUGGUAGGCCUUCAUUGUAAAUAAGAAUUAGUUCUUAAAAUAAAUGUUAAAUAAAAAAAAUUAAAAACAGGCCUAGGACAUAUUAUAGAUUUUGUUCUAUGGAAUAAUGUUUAUCAAUUAAUAUCACUUUUUGUUAUUUUUUGUUGUUGAUUUGUUAUAAAAAAUAAAUAAAAAAAACACAUAUAGGCUUCAUAAUUAAUAAAGGUCAUGUUAGCUAACUCCUAUUAUCUCAUAUAAAAAAAAAAAAUAUUAUAUCUCUGAAACCUGUGUUAACCUCAGACCUUAUUUUCGGCGUUUAUUCCUAAACCCUUUUCUCUCCCCAUUCAUUUUCGCCAUAGGGAUGGCUGAACGAAUCACACGUAACUCAUUUCCGGGUUGUAGGGUAAUGGGUAGAAAGGGUCCAGCUUUUUUCCAGAAUUGACUUUACGAAAGCAGGUUUAGGAGAUUUUACGCAGCAGGUUAGGAGAAUAAACGACAUGACCGAAAAUAAAAUAUUAGGCAAGUCAUUUUAUCUCAUCUGGAAGGUGACCAUGUCGCGGUUGGAUACUGUAGCCAGCUGUGGGCUAGAGUGAUCCUACAGGUUAGCUGCCACUGCAGGUUAGCUGCCACUGCAGUGACUAUGUUCUGCGACAACCGGCAAGGAGACCAGUUGGACUUGAAGGAGAGAAUAUGUACCUUUUUAAAGGUGAAGAAAGAAGGAUCCACUGCCCUCCAGAUAGCGAAGGCUGUUGGACUGAAGACGGCCAAGGAUGUAAACAGUGUCCUGUACACUUUAAACAGAGCUGGACUUCUUUAUGCAACACCAGACAAACCACCAGUCUGGUCUGUGAGUGUUCAAGAGUCAGAUCGAGUGCCUAGUCCUUCCGAGACCCCUGGCAUCACAGUGGAGGAACUGAGGAGGGUGCUGAUGUCAAAGAGUGAUGGAAGAGGGAUGAGUGCACCUCAAAUUGCCAGAGAAUUGGGCCAUUCACAAAAAUUAGUGACUAUGUUCUGCGACAACCAGCAAGGAGACCAGUUGGACUUGAAGGAGAGAAUAUGUACCUUUUUAAAGGUGAAGAAACAAGGAUCCACUGCCCUCCAGAUAGCGAAGGCUGUUGGACUGAAGACGGCCAAGGAUGUAAACAGUAUCCUGUACACUUUAAACAAAGCUGGACUUCUUUAUGCAACACCAGACAUUCCACCAGUCUGGUCUGUGAGUGUUCCAGAGUCAGAUCGAGUGCCUAGUCCUUCCGAGACCCCUGGCAUCACAGUGGAGGAACUGAGGAGGGUGCUGACGUCAAAGAGUGAUGGAAGAGGGAUGAGUGCGCCACAAAUUUCCAGAGAAUUGGGCCAAUCACGAAAAUUAGUGACUAUAUCCUGCGACAACCGGCAAGGAGACCAGUUGGACUUGAAGGAGAGAAUAUGUACCUUUUUAAAGGUGAAGAAAGAAGGAUCCACUGCCCUCCAGAUAGCGAAGGCUGUUGGACUGAAGAAGGCCAAGGAUGUAAACAGUGUCCUGUACACUUUAAACAGAGCUGGACUUCUUAAUGCAACACCAGACAAACCACCAGUCUGGUCUGUGGAGAAACCAGGGGCGGCGUCUGUCUCUGUGAGUGUUCCAGAGUCAGAUCGAGUGCCUAGUCCUUCCGAGACCCCUGGCAUCACAGUGGAGGAACUGAGGAGGGUGCUGACGUCAAAGAGUGAUGGAAGAGGGAUGAGUGCGCAAGAAAUUGCCAGAGAAUUGGGCAAAUCACGAAAAUGUGUUAAUAAGCAUCUUUAUGACUUGCAAAGUAGCGGCAAGGCAGAAAAGUUGGGAGAGAAAGUGUGGAAAAUGAAUGAUGAAGCAAGCUGUGGAGGAAAGCUUAUUAAAUACAAGAGAGGACUACCUGACUCAGAGGACUACGAUCCCAUUCUCCUUCGAAGAAAUUGAGAAAAACGUAUAUUACCUCACAAGCUAACCUCACUAUUAAUGGCAGCCUGCACUUCCCCGGUCGGCCUUCAACAUGAGAGGAGGCAGCACUGAGCUAGCCUGCAACAUCACUUCCAGGAGUAGUUCAAAGUGCGCAUGUUAUGUCUCCAUGAGACGCCAUCUUAACCGACUUCAUUUGGCUUCAAUGCGCCAUUGAGUCUUCACAUAGGAAUGAAUGGUGUCACGUGAUCAAUGGCUUUGUCCAUUCAUAUAUACAGUCAUUGGCUAAGACGUUACUAUCCCCAUUUUGUUCCCCCUAAACGUGUUAUGAAUAGUGUGUAUCCCUCUUACCUUGUUGUGUGUCUUCUGUAUGCUAUAGUUGAUGCUCAUUAGCAACUAUCAGAUGUUCAUUUACAUGUUGUAAUUAUGAUCCUAACUCUUACAGAGAAGCAAAUCGUGAAGUGAAAGCACUGGCUACCUUGGAACAUUCUAGCAUUGUUCGCUACUAUACGACUUGGCCUGAGGAUACCAAUUGGGUCGAUGGAGGCUACAGCACAGACUUAGUAAAGACAGUAUUAUUAAGUCUAAUUUUGCCAUUUACAUUCAUUAAUUUGUGAUCAUCAACAUUUUUUAAUUCUGGAGCAUAUUUUUGUACUCAGUUUUUUUGUCUGUUUUUUCAAUAGGCUACUACAUCUGUCAUAUUGUAGAAUGAUAUUUAAUAGGCUACAUCUACAUCCCGGAUGUCCUAGCCGUGCCUGAAUCCUGGCUUAGGAAGACCACCAAAAACCCUGAAAUUUCCAUCCCUAACUAUAACAUUUUUCGACAAGAUAGAACUGCCAAAGGGGGCGGAGUUGCAAUCUACUGCAGAGAGAGCCUGCAGAGUUCUGUCUUACUAUCCAGGUCUAUGCCCAAACAGUUUGAGCUUCUACUUUAAAAAAUCCAGAAACAAGUCUCUCACCGUUGCCGCUUGCUAUAGACCACCUUCUGUCCCCAGCUGUGCCCUGGACCCCAUAUAUGAAUUGAUUGCCCCCCAUCUGUCUUCAGAGCUCGUGCUGUUUGUUAGGUGACCUGAACUGGGACAUGCCACCCCGGCCAUCCUACAAUCUAAGCUUGAUGCCCUCAAUCUCACACAAAUGAUCAAUGAACCUACCAGGUACAAACCCAAAUCAGUAAACAAGGGCACCCUCAUAGAUAUCAUUCUAACCAACCUGCCCUCCAAAUACACCUCUGCUGUCUUCAACCAGGAUCUCAGCGAUCACUGCCUCAUUGCCUGCAUCCAUAAUGGGUCUGCGGUGAAACGACCACCCC